CUCACUCGCCCGAACGGCUCUGAAAGGCUCGCAAAAUCGAGCUGUGCGCGAGACAUCCACUGGGUCCGAGAAGACGCUUCACCCGCUACGCUCGUUGAACUUCGCCAUGGAAUUCCUGACUCGCGCGCUAGAGAUGGAGUCCAGCUCAUGGCAAGAAGAGCGCGAGGGGCUGAUUACAGAAAAUAGGCAACUUGUGAAGCAAAAUCAGCGACUUUCAGACAAGCUGGAGUCAUAUAGGUCUUUUCUGACGGAUGCGCAACUGAAGCAGGCACAUAACGGGGAACUCGAGAUUUCGUUCAAGCCUCUUCGCCGCGGACCGAUCACCAAACUUCCACCAGAACUUCUUCUUGCCAUCUUCCAGUGGGCUGUGCCGCCUUCGUUCUUGACCACCCCGCUUUACAAGGCUCGUGAUGACGCAUGGAUUCGAUCUAUGAGUACCAAGCGCGCCCUCAGCCUCGUCUGCCGCUCGUGGCACAUAACCGCUGCCGAGAUUCUGUACGAGAACAUCGGCUUGCGCAGCGUCGGCCAGAUAGCCGCCUUUCUGGAUACACUCACGAAAAGUGUCUAUGCCUACAUGGUCAGGUCGAUAACCAUAUCCUGCUACGUCGCUCCGCACCACGCUGCCUUCUACAAUGAGGACCUUCAGGCGAUUCUUGCGCUGUGCUCGCGAUUGCAUACGUUCUCGAUACGCGUGCAUCAACAUGAUAUGCCCAUCAACCAUCACAUUCCUCUGCAGCUCCUGCCUGUACAUCAUAUCCAUCGCAUCGUCAACCUCAACCUCAGCUGCGGUUCUGGCUUCGACCUGCCAGAGAUAGUCCUCAUACUGGAAAGGACUUGUGGCCAUCUUCAAUCGCUUCAUUUUGGCCUGUCUGCGAGCGGUGGCAACGCUAUCCGGCUGCCGCAACUCAUCUUCACCACGCUCACGACACUCAGUAUCAUGUCUUCCCUACCCAACUUCUGGAGCGCGAUGACCAACAGCUGGGCGAUGCCACAUCUGCGCAACCUGACAGCAGAUUUCUCACAGAGGGUUGGCGCUCUCGGCGAGACAGGAUUUCAGACCUUCUUGAUAAAAAACUGCGCUGACAUCGAAUACUUGUGCAUCCAUGUGUCAAUCUUCGAGAUGCACAUCCCGCUGCCGGGUCUACGGGAAUCUCUGCAGUACUGUGCUCGCCUGCAGCAUCUCGUGCUGCCCAGAUGUACAGAUGCGCACAUACGCUACCCUCAUCCUUCAGUGCGCUGGAUAGACAUGUCUGAACAACCUGGGCUCUAUGACGAUCUCGCAGCGUACCUCCAGCAUCUCAGGAGUGGCGCCUUCAACACAGCUUUCCCGUCCCUACUUGGUGCCCGCGAGCUUGACUUCGGCCUCAGCGAUAUGCACGACAUAUCCCUUUUUCUACGUCCGGACUCGCAGCUGCAGGAUGGGCAAGUAGUGUCAUUUGAGUACGCGGGCGUCAGCAUCAAGCAGAGCGCUAGCUAUGUGUGGCGCGCAGACCUCGACUACGUGCACGUUGACCAAAGCCCUGACGUCAUAUCGGACGAUGAGGACGAGGAAGAUGACGGUCACGAGGACGAGGAUGAGAAUGAGGAAGAGGAUGAGGAGGGAGAGGCAGAGGAGGACGAGGAUGAGGAAGACGAGGAAGACGAGGAAGACGGUGAAGAGGAGGAAGAGGAAGAAGUUUCCCAAGAGGAGGAAGAAGAAGCCACAGAGGAGGUGGAAGACGAAGGACAUGCCGACAUGGAGGCAGACGAAGACGAGCCUGAGGAUUCCGUCGACGCGACGGAGGAGACGGAAGACAGCGGUAGCGGGGAGGUGACCGAUGAAGCAUCCACCAAGUCAGAGUCAACUUUGCUUUUGUCUGUCCCUUCAGGCAGCGCAGAGCGCAGGUGCGUCAACUGCGGGAAGUUGGCAGAUAAGAAGGAGGCGGACUUGGGCGAGGAAGUCGUGGGGGAUGAUGACGAUGAUGACCAGUAUAGUCCAACAUCCAGCAUCGACGGGAUGUCUUCGGUGCAUAGCUCGGAUGGGAGCGAUGAGGCCGCGUCGGAUCCUGGGCUGGACGAGGAAGAGGAGUUGCCACACUGGACUCAUGACGAUGUGCUGCGAGCUUUUAGGAGGGGGUCAUGAAGCAUGUACACGACUUCUUAGAAUUGAGGUGAUACUUCGUGCUACGUAUCUGCUCCCAGGCUCGAGACAGAAAUUAGGUGGUUUGUUGGCAGGUAGCAUAGGUAUAUAAGGAGAUACAUUUGGAUGAUGCCUGAGCGGAAGAA